GACGUCGCCUCAGCUCGUCACACACUUGGGUACUUUUGUGUACGUCUGCUCUCCGCGUCGGCUUCGACGUCGCGCAGGCGCCUCCGUGCGCUGCCGUAGUUGCAGCGCCGCCACCCCAGCGAGUCGCAGCCGCCGCGGACUAGCACCGCAGCCAUGGGCCCCCUCAAGCGCAGCCAGUCCAUGGUGGGCAUCGUCAACAAGAAGAAGAUGCCCCUGAGCCCCCAGGGCAUGGAGAUGAAGGCGAAGAUGGUGUCCUACGUCGAGGCCCACGGCGGCCACCGCCCCGUGCACACGAUCCUCAUCGCGAACAACGGCAUGGCCGCGACCAAGGCGAUGAUCUCGAUGCGCGAGUGGGCGUACGACACGCUCGGCGACGCCAAGGCCGUGACCUUCGUGGCCAUGGCGAGCGCGCAGGACCUCGACGCCAACGCCGAGUUCGUGCGCCUCGCGGACCGCGUCGUCGAGGUGCCCAGCGGGUCGAACAAGAACAACUACGCGAACGUCGAGCUCAUCAUCGACAUCGCGGUCAAGGAGUCCGUCGACGCGGUCUGGCCCGGCUGGGGCCACGCGUCGGAGAACCCGGAGCUGCCCGACGGCCUCGCGGCCCGGGGCAUCGUCUUCAUCGGCCCCGACGGCGGGCCCAUGCGCGCGCUCGGCGACAAGAUCGCGGCGUCGAUUUUGGCGCAGACGGCCGAGGUGCCGUCGAUCCCCUGGUCCGGCGACGGCCUCACCGUGGACCCCAAGGUCGUCGCAGCCACGGGCGCCAUCCCCCCGGACCUCUUCCGCAAGGCCAUGGUCACGACGGAGGACGAGUGCCUGAAAGCCGCCGCGCGCAUCGGCUACCCGGUCAUGCUCAAGGCGUCCGAGGGCGGCGGCGGCAAGGGCAUCCGCAUGUCCCACUCCGAGGACGAGCUCAAGUCGAACUUCGUCCAGGUUAGCAACGAGGUGCCCGGGUCGCCCAUGUUCAUGAUGCAGCUCUGCAGCAACGCGCGCCACCUCGAGGUGCAGAUCGUCGGCGACAAGCACGGCCAGGCCGUCGCGCUCAACGGCCGCGACUGCUCCACGCAGCGCCGCUUCCAGAAGAUCUUCGAGGAGGCGCCGGCGGCCAUCGCCAAGCCCGAGGUCUUCCGCGAGAUGGAGAAGGCGGCCAUGCGCCUCACGCAGUCCAUCGGCUACUCGGGCGCGGGCACCGUCGAGUAUUUGUACCACGCGGCGACGGACAAGUUCUACUUCCUCGAGCUCAACCCGCGCCUCCAGGUCGAGCACCCCUGCACGGAGGGCAUCACCUUCAUCAACAUGCCCGCGACGCAGCUCCAGGUCGCCAUGGGCAUCCCCCUCCACCGCAUCCCGCACGUCCGCCGCUUCUACGGCCUCGAGGACCUCGACGGGUCGUCGGCCAUCGACUUCUUCGAGACGCCCUACCCCAAGGUCACGAACCACAUCAUCGCCGCGCGCAUCACGGCCGAGAACCCCGACGAGGGUUUUAAACCGACUUCCGGCUCCAUCCACCGCGUCAAGUUCCAGUCCACGAAGAACGUCUGGGGCUACUUCUCCGUCGGCGCGAACGGCGGCAUCCACGAGUUCGCCGACUCCCAGUUCGGCCACCUCUUCGCGUCCGGCGCGACGCGCGAGAUCGCGCGGCGCCACCUCGUGCUCGCGCUCAAGUCCGUGGAGAUCCGCGGCGUCAUCCGCAACCCCGUCGAGUACCUCGUGGAAUUGCUCGAGACGGACGAGUUCAAGGAGAACCGCAUCGACACGGGGUGGCUCGACGGCAUCCUCAAGGCCAAGUCCGUGUCCGUGCCCAUGAACACGCCGCGCCUCGUCCUCGCCGCCGUCAUCUUCCGCGCGCACGCGGCGAUCAAGGAGAAGACGGCCGAGCUCUGCGCGUCGAUGGCCAAGGGCCAGCUCUCGACGGCGACGGUCAAGGAUUUGGUGCGCUUCCCGUCGGUCAUCACCUACGAGGGCCUCAAGUACGACUUCUCCAUCGCCAAGUCCGGGCCCGAGACCUUUGCGCUCCAGAUCAACGGCCAGACGGUCACGGCCAAGGUCCGCGAGCAGCCCGACGGCACGCUCCUCGCGGCCUUUGGGGGCGCGACGCGCAAGGUCUUCGGCGCCGAGGAGCCCCUGGGCCUGCGCAUCAUCUGCGACGGCGUCACGUGCCUCAUGCCGACGAUCUUCGACCCGUCGGAGUGCCGCACGGACGUCACGGGCAAGAUCGUCCGCUACCUCCAGGACGACGGCGCGCAGGUCAACGCGGGCGAGCCCUACGUCGAGGUCGAGGCCAUGAAGAUGAUCAUGGCGCUGAAGACGGCGGAAAGCGGCGCCAUCAAGCACGAGAUGUCGCCCGGGUCCAUCAUCUCCACGGGCGAUUUGCUCGCGUCUUUGACGCUCAGCGACCCGUCGUCCGUCGUGAAGAUCGAGCCCUUCACGGGCACCUUCGACGUCAUCGACGCCAUCGACGAGGAUUUGACGGCCAAGGAGGCCUGCGCCCUCGUGCUCCAGGGCUACGAGUGCGACGACGUCAAGGGUUUGGCGUCGGAACUCUUCGACGAGAACCCGAACAUCGCCGUCGCGGACGCCGCGGAGUUAUUAGGCGCCUACCUGGUCGUCGAGGGCCGCUACGCGGGGCGCCCCCUCGACGGCGUCGUCCGCGACCUCAUCGCGGAGCACAAGGACGCCCUCGGCGGCGCCAUCGCGGUCGCGCGCGCGCACCAGGCCGUCGCGCGGACGACGGAUUUGUGCUUCCACAUCUGCGAGCAUCUGCUGGAAACUUAUACGGACCGCCUCAAGAGCGGCGUCAAGGGCACGCCGCCGACGCUGGGCUCCGUCGUCGCCCAGCUCGCGGCGCUGCCGGGCGACAAGUACAGCGACCUGGCGCUCCUCGCGCUCCGCGUGUCGCUCGCGGCGUCGGACGACGAGCCGACGACGCCGCGGACGCUCGACACGAAGCUCUUCAACAAGUCGAAGCUCACCAAGGGCUACGCCUUGAUGGAGCUCGAGACGGGCACGCCCUUCGGCACCGCGUUCCUCGGCAACAAGACCGUGGAGUCGUCCGCGCUCACGAAGCCCGGCCGCGGCGGCGAGCCGCCGGUGGUCUUCCUGCUCUACGCGUGCCAGAGCGACUUCGGCGGCGGCGUCGCCAAGGUCCAGGAGGCGUUGGAGACGGCCCUCGAGGCCCUGGCCAUCGCGCGCAAGGACAGCAAGGUGCCCAUGACGUCCGCGUCGUCCGUCGUCGUCCGCGUGCCCAAGGGCUUCGGCACCGUGUCGUCCGUCGUCGGCGCCGCGGCGCUGGAUUUGGUCAUGAAGAACCUGGCGGCGAAGCUCGCGGCGCUCCACGUCGAUUCCUUCGCCGUCCGCGUCGGCGACGCGAACUUUGCGAUGGCGUCGCCCGCGUCGACGUCGUGGCCCGCGCUCGAGGCCGUCGACGCCAAGGUCGCCGACGACUUCGUGCCGUCGCCCUUCGCGAAGCGCCGCGCGACGGCGCGCCGCGCCGGGUCCACGUUCUGCUACGACUUCGUCGGGCUGUUGGCGUGCGCGGCGAAGGGCGCCGAGGGCGGCUUCCCGGGUUCGCUCAAAGCCGACGAGCUCGUCUGGGCCGACGACGCCAAGACGGCGCUCAAACCGGCGCCGGGCACGCCGCCGGGCACGAACAAGGUCGGCAUGGUCGCCUGGCACAUGACGCUCAAGUCCGCGGAGUACCCGUCCGGCCGCGAGCUCGUCGUCAUCGCGAACGACGUCACGUUCCAGAGCGGGUCCUUCGGCGUGCCCGAGGACGACGUCUACAAGGCGGCGUCGGUGUACGCGCGGGCCCGGGGCAUCCCCCGCAUCUACGUCGCCUGCAACAGCGGCGCGCGCAUCGGCCUCGUCGAGGAGCUCAAGCCCAAGUUCAAGGUCAAGUGGAACAACGAGGCCAACCCGGGCCAGGGCUUCGAGUACGUCUACCUCGACCGCGCGGACUACGAGGCCCUGGAGCCGGGCACGGUGCUCGGGUCCUUCAAGGGCGACGACUUCGUCCUGUCGGCCAUCGUCGGCACGACGCACGGCAUCGGCGUCGAGAACCUGCGCGGCUCGGGCACCAUCGCCGGCGAGACGUCCCGCGCCUACCAGGACGGCUUCACGCUGAGCUACGUGACGGGCCGGUCCGUGGGCAUCGGCGCCUACCUCGUGCGCCUCGGCCAGCGCACGAUCCAGAUGAACGUCGGCCCGCUGAUCCUCACGGGCUACGCGGCGCUCAACAAAUUGCUGGGCCGCGAGGUCUACACGUCCCAGGACCAGCUCGGCGGGCCCCAGGUCAUGCACCCCAACGGCGUGUCCCACAUGACCGUGGACAACGACGUCGAGGGCGUCAAGGAGAUCCUCAAGUGGCUCUCGUUCGUGCCCGCGACGAAGUUCGACCAGCCCGCGGUGCUCGCGCCUACCGACCCCGUGGACCGCGACGUCGCCUUCCUCCCGACGAAGGCGCCCUACGACCCGCGCCACAUGCUCGCGGGCUGCGACGGGCCGUCGGGCUUCGUGUCCGGCUUCUUCGACGCGGGCUCGUUCACGGAGUACCUCGCGGGCUGGGGCAAGUCCGUCGUCGUGGGCCGGGGCCGCCUGGGCGGCAUCGCCAUGGGCGCCAUCGCCGUGGAGACGCGCCUCAGUGAGCAGCGCGUGCCCGCGGACCCCGCGGACCCCGCGUCGAACGAGGCCAUCCUCGCGCAGCCGGGCCAGGUCUGGUUCCCCGACAGCGCCUACAAGACGGCCCAGGCCAUCCGCGACUUCUCCGGCGAGAACCUGCCCAUCGUCAUCUUCGCGAACUGGCGCGGCUUCUCCGGCGGCACGCGCGACAUGUACGGCGAGAUCCUGAAAUUCGGCGCGAUGAUCGUCGACGCGCUCGUCGACUGCACGGCGCCCGUGUCCGUCUACAUCCCGCCCAACGGCGAGCUCCGCGGCGGCGCCUGGGUCGUCGUCGACCCGACGAUCAACGCCGACGCCAUGGAGAUGUACGCGGACGAGCAGUCGCGCGGCGGCAUCCUCGAGCCGCCGGGCAUCUGCGAGGUCAAGUUCCGCGCGGCCGACCAGCUCAAGGCCAUGCACCGCCUCGACCCGACGCUCCUCAAGCUUAGUCAGGACAAGGACGGCAACGCCGACGCCAUCAAGGCGCGGGAGGACGCCCUCGCGCCGACCUACAUGCAGGUCGCGCACGAGUUCGCGGAUUUGCACGACCGCGCGGGCCGCAUGAAGGCCAAGGGCGUCAUCCGCGACGUCCUGUCCUGGCCCAAGUGCCGCACCUACCUCUACUGGCGCACGAAGCGGCGCCUCGCCGAGGACGCGCUCAAGGCCCGGUUCAAGGCCGCCGCGGGCGACGAGCUCUCCAAGGCCGAGGUCGCCGCGGCCGUCGCGGACCUCGCGGGAGCGGCGCACGGCGACGACAAGGCCUUCCUCGCCUGGGCCGAGUCGGCGCCGGCCAAGGCCGCCGUCGCCGCCAAGCUCGACGCCGUCAAGCUCGCGGCCGUCACGGGCGCGGUCGCCAAGCUCCUCGCGGGGCUCCCGGCGGACGCGCGCGCCAAGGCCCUCGCGAACCUCCCCGCGCCCCAAUAGAGGGCGCGGCCCGCUCGCGAGGCCCCCUCCCCCUCUCCCGAACACAAGCCCGCGCCCCCGUCGCCGCGCGCCGGGCCGACGCCCGUCGGCCCCGGCGCCGCGACCCCGCAGCGGAUGCGACCCAGGCACCCUGUCCCAUCUUUUAAUAAAAAUGCCGGGU